UGUGUGGAUGGUGCGCCAAGCUUGCGACAAGUGUCCUUUGAAGUUUCCGACACCGCAGUCCGCACGGCAAGCUCGCAAGCGCGCCGGCCAACGUUCAAAUACCUACCACAAGUGCGCAUUUCGCCCGUUCUACACAUAGACAAGUGCAUGUGCCAGCGCGUUGGCCUAUGUGUAGUGCCGGCAUCCGACGAUUCUGUAUUUUGCUCUCUGACCCCGGCUACGUUUUACGGACUUGAACUAAUGGCAGCUGUGAAAAAGUGUUGUGUACCCAACUGUGGUGCUGUUGAUGAAAUUUUACAUAAAUUUCCUAACCCAGAUAAAGAGCUAGAACGCUUCAGAGACUGGAUUUAUAAUGUUGGAGGCGACAUAUUAGGAAAAGAGAACUUGUACAUUUAUAACUACCGACGAGUAUGCCAUGUACAUUUUGAAGAAAAAUAUCACACUAGAAGUAAAAAGCUCAGUCCAAGUGCUAUCCCCACUCUUCGGUUAUCUGCUUUUUCUUUUGUAAGAAAACAUCCCCUGCAGGAGAUUAACCAGCAGAUACCUAUUAACCCAGAUAUGCCAUCAGUAUCAGGAAUUGGUGUUACUGAAAAACAGCCUGGACUUAAUCCUAUGAGACCUAGCAUAACCUUGGAUGUGGAUAUCCCUCCUCGUGCUCCUGCUGAGCCUGCUAAGCCUUCAGUACCAAAGACCACAAAGAAAAAAUAUGUGGACGGUGAGCAGAUGUUGCAGCAAACAAUCAAGAAAUUGCAAAAAAGGAACGACUCUUAUAAAGAACGUUUGCGAAAAGCAAAGAAGCUAUCUACAAAUACAAUGUUUCAAAAUGCUCUAAAGAAAUAAACCUUGGCUGCGAUUUUUACUGUUAUGCAGUUUCGAGAAAUAAUGAAACCAAAAAUGGGGCGAAGAUUUUCAAAUGAAGAGAAAGUUAUGUCACUUUCACUCUAUAAACUUGGGCCUAAAGUUUACAGGUGGCUCAGUAAGAUUUUUGUUUUGCCUUCCCCUGCUACUAUAAGCAGGCUUAUUUCAAGGGCAGGUUUAAAGCCUGGAAUUAAUGAGAAUAUAUUUGCCCAAUUAAAAAAGAAGGCAUUGAAAAUGAAACAAGAUAAUAAACUGUGCUCAUUACUUUUUGACGAAAUGGCUAUUAAACCUCAUUUUGAUUAUAACCCUAGAAAAGACAAAAUAACGGGUUUCGUAAAUCACAACGGCGAAGCAACAAGAAAAAUAGCCAAUCAUGUACAGGUCUUCAUGAUAAGAGGAAUCACCAAAAACUACAAGCAGCCUAUAUAUUACUCCUUCAGUCACGGGAGCACACCUAAAGGAGUUUUAGCCAAAAUGAUUGUUGAUAUCAUAAGAAAACUCCAAUCAACAGGAUUCACAGUGUUGUCGACAGUCUGUCACCAGGGUACAUCAAACACGAGUGCUAUCAAUUAUUUAAUUAAUGAAACUCGAAAAGAAUACCUAAGACGAAAUGAGGUGCUUAGGCACUCUGUUUUUGAAGUUGAUGGGCAAUGUAUAAUACCUCUUUAUGAUGUCCCUCAUCUUUUAAAAGGACUUAGAAACAACCUUUUAACCAAAAAUUUAAAAUUUACAUUGGAUAGUCAAGAAAAAGUAGCGAAAUGGGAGCAUAUUACACAAUUGUACCAAAAUAACCCAUCUUACAAAGGACUAAAGAUAAUAAAAAAUUUGACUGAAAAUCAUUGUAAUAAAGAUAAGAUACCUAAGAUGAAGGUCAAAUUUGCAUCUCAGAUAUUUAGCCAGACAGUUGGAAAAACAAUGGGUUAUUUGGCUGAAAAUGGAAUUUUACCUGAAGAGACGAAGGACACCGCAGAUCUAAUAAUUUUUAUUGACGAUCUCUUCGACUCGUUAAAUGGAAGUUUUCAGAAUUCGAAGAAUAGGAGCGGAAAAGAUCUUCUUAGAAAUGUCACACCAAGUUCUAAGCACAGCGAGGUGUGGUCGAAGUCAAAAAAAGUGUUAAAAUCUAUGAAGUUUGUUACUGUUUCGGGGUCCUCUGGUACUGUUCCAUCAAUAAAUAACUGGGUCCAUACUAUUGAAAAUGUGGAAUUGCUGAAAGAAACUUUGUUCAAUAAAUAUAAUAUGAAGUCGAUGUGGUGUAGGCAUUUAAAUCAGGACCCCCUAGAAAAUUUCUUUGGCAGCAUACGUAGCCAUGGUAUUAGAAAUGUAAACCCUACGUGUGCUGCCUUUGAAGCCGCAUUCGCCUCACUAUUAAUUAAUAACAUGAGUAGCAAUUAUGCGGUUGGGUCGAAUUGUGAGGAGGAUUCCUGUGAAACUUUAAAUGCUUUUGAAGAAAUGUUUUUAUCAAAAUCUCAGACAUCCAACACUGAGAGUUGUGAUAUUGAUUUGGAGGAUUUUAUUAAUGAUCAAAUAAUUGUAGAUUACGAAGAAAAGAACAGGAAUCCUACAAUAAAGGCCCAGCUAGAGUAUGUGACUGGUUAUUUAUUAAGAAAAUGUAAACCAAUUAUAAAAAACUGCAAGAAUUGCCAUAACUAUUUGUUUGAAAAAGAUUUGGAGAAAAACAAAUACAUUUCUAAAAGAGAAUAUGUUAAAAAUAAAAGAUAUCUAACAUAUCCGACAGACAAUAUAAAAAAAAUGUUUCCAGCUAUACAGGAUGUGGCAUAUCAUGUAUUAAAAAAUAAAAAUCAUUUAAAUAAUUUAAAAGCUUACAUUAAUUUGGUGUUGGAUGUGUCAGUGGAUUCCUCUUUUAUAAAUUGUCCAAAUCAUAAAGAUGAAAUAAAGAAAUUUAUGUACAAUUUUUGCAGUAAGUUCUUUGCUUUUAAUUGGUGCAAGGCUACAAAUAAAUUAAUGGACGGUACCAGCAAAGACUGUGAUGAAGGAGAUUUUAUUCAAAGAGAGGCAUUAAUAUUAGGUAGUCGAAGAAGAAAAAAUAAAUGAUAUUUAGUACUCA